AUGGCGACUGAGACGACACAAACGGUGCAGGCGGAGGUUGCAGGAGCACUGCGUAAUGGAGAGGCACAGAAGAAUGGGAAGCCGCGAAAGUUGCAUGGGCGCGCAUUCUACGAGAGCAUUGGAAGUCCGAAGCUUGUGCUGGCUCCUAUGGUGGAACAGUCAGAAUUUGCAUGGCGACUCCUUUCGCGCUCUUUCCUCCCUCCGUCCGAGCAAAAAUCCCUCCUAGCGUAUUCGCCCAUGUUCCACUCCAAGAUGUUUGGCGAGAAGAGCCAGUACCGGGAUUCGCAUUUCCAGCCGCUCAAGUCAGCUCUUCCCUCGCCCGUCGACUACUACCACCUAUCUCAACUGCCUGAUUCGAGUAGACAUCUUGACGGACAUCCCGCCUUUGACAGGCCCCUCACUGUGCAGUUUUGUUCCAACGAUCCAGACGACUUUCUCAGAGCAGCAAAACACGUCGCGCCCUUUUGCGAUGCGGUCGACUUGAACUUGGGAUGUCCUCAGGGCAUUGCGAAGCGCGGAAAAUACGGCUCAUUUCUACAAGAAGACUGGGACUUGAUUGCGAGGAUGAUUCGAAAGUUGCACGAAGAGUUGGAAAUACCCGUCACGGCAAAAAUGCGAAUUCUCGAGACCCCGGAGAAGACGCUGGCAUAUGCAAAGACCAUAUUAGACGCGGGUGCCAGCAUCCUCACCGUGCAUGGCCGGCGGCGGGAGCAGAAAGGUCACAACACUGGGUUGGCAGACUGGCAGAUGAUUCGGUACCUGCGGGAAAACCUGCCGAAAGAGACUGUCCUCUUCGCCAACGGCAACAUCUUACAACACGAGGAUAUCGCAGCGUGUCUAGAGGCAACAGGCGCAGAUGGAGUCAUGAGCGCAGAAGGAAACUUGUACGAUCCGACCAUCUUUGCGCCACCACCGCCCGUAGGCCAGAAAGGGCGUGAAUACUGGAGGGGUCGAGACGGCAAGGGUGGAUACAGAGUGGAUGCCGUCAUGAGGCGGUACAUGGACAUUAUCCACAAAUAUGCGCUGGGCCAAGAGCCUCCGCAGAGGAAACCACUAUGGAUGCCUGGAGAUGCCGAGUCGCCACCUGAAGAAGAAGAGGCCAAGCCUGACGACGACGACGAAGACGGCCCACCCAAGAAGAAGAGAAAGCAAAUGUCCAAAUCCGAGAAGAAGAAGGAAGCAACCAAUCCAAACCUGACCGCCAUGCAAGCACAUCUCUUCCAUCUCCUACGGCCGCUCGUUGCAGAGCAUCACAACGUGCGCGAUGCGCUUGCACGUUCCCGAACAGGCGACAUUGACGCAUUUGAGAACGUCCUCAGCAUGGUCGAGCAAGUCGUCAAGCAAGGCAUUCAGGCGUACGAGCAGGAGCCUGCCAACACAGCUCCCGAGCCCGAGUCCACCACUGACGCCGCUUCAACUCUCCCCGAACCCCUCGACCCGUACGAGUCCUCGCUCGCGACCGUCGCCCGCUGCAAACGCCCAUACUGGGUCUGCCAGCCCUACGUGCGGCCCCUGCCCAAAGAGGCCCUCGAAAAAGGCAGCAUGACUGUCAGCAAGAAGGAGAAGAAGCGCCUGGAGAUGCAAGCAGAACAAGCCACUCAGAAUGAAGAUGCUACGGCCAAAGCAGUGGGGUUGGAACCUGCCGGCACCGUGGAAAAACAGGUCUUGCUAGGGGAAAAGGGCGAGGUCAAGGAUGUAGUUGAGGAGCCGAGGGAUGGCUUGGUGUGUGGAUAG